AUGGUCUCCGCAGGCAUUCCGUCAUCCAGCCACCUAGCGCCGCUCUCGACUGUCCAUGAGGGUCGCAUUUGGUCUCUACAAGUUGUGCAGCAACCAAUUCGAGCCCGAAUGUGCGGCUUCGGCGACAAGGUUAGUUCCAUUAAGGAUGCUCAAACCGAAAAGGAAAUCGACAUCAAUGAAAUUGAUACUUCUUUUUACGUUCUCAUGGUAGACUUGUGGAACGCAGAGGGGACUAAUGAGGUGAAUUUGGUCAAGCAUUCAGCAACCUCUCCGUCGAUAUCCACGGCUAUGUCCUCUUCAUACCCGCCACCGCCGCAGACCCUGUCCCCUACCUAUGCGCAAUACCCACAGAACGCCUACGGUCAGCCGGUCCCCUAUCCGCAAAUGAAUAGCUAUUACCCCGGAAACCCUCAGCUACAGUAUCAAAACCCUUACGGCGCCAGUCCCCAGACCUCUUACUAUCAACCAUACUACCCGACAGGCGGCCAUAUGCCACAAGCCAAUAUUUCCCCUGCGCAACCGGUUAGCACGGGCCCUGGUGGCAUGUUCACGCGCAACCUCAUCGGAAGUCUCAGUGCCAGUGCCUUCCGUCUGACCGAUCCUGAUAACAAAAUCGGGGUAUGGUUCAUCUUACAAGAUCUGAGUGUACGGACUGAAGGGGUUUUCCGCCUUAAAAUGAGCUUUGUCAACGUGGGUACUCAAUCCAGUGAUUCUCCUAAUGGAGGAGUAUCUGUUAUCAAUCACGGUUCCGCACCCGUCCUAGCGUCCGUCUUCUCCGAGCCAUUUCAAGUCUUCUCCGCCAAGAAAUUUCCCGGAGUGAUCGAGAGCACGACGCUCAGUAAAUGCUUCGCUUUGCAAGGCAUUAAAAUUCCCAUCCGCAAAGAUGGCGUGAAGGGCUCACGCGGCCGGAACAACGAUGACGACGAUGGGGACGAUUACGAUUAA